AGGCAGACGGGAUCCCAUUGUGGCCGGUUUGUUUAGGUCUAUCUUUUUCUAGAAACCGAUCCAUUUUGUCCUCGACUCCGGUGCACGACUUGCUUGGGUUUCCAUCGCCAUGGUAGCUCUGGCUUCUUCCUCUCCCUCUUCUUCUCCUUCUAUGCCAUACGCCGGCGUUGCGAGGAUCUCCGACUCCCUUUGCUAUCCGGAGUAUACCGCUUCACUCAAGUGUUUAGAAGCUAACAAAGACAAGAACAAAUGUCAGGAGCUAUUUGAUUAUUACAAAGAAUGCAAGAAGAAAGAGAGGGAAGUUAGGCUAGAGCGCAACCGCAACAGAUCCUUUUUCCAAUGAAUAGCAAUUUUAAUGUUGUACUCAAUGCAAUAAGGUGUUUACAGAAUUACAAGGUCAGUUAGUCAAAGCAAUACUUGUCCGUUAAUGAUAUUGCAAUCACUAGAAAUUACCGUGAAAAUAAACAUUUGUUCUACUUUCCCUAAACUUGGAAGCUUCUGUGAUGUUUCAGUUUUUUUUA